CAAAUUCAAAACUCUCAGCACUCAAGAAUUUAGAGACACUUUGACUCUCAAGACUUCAAGAACUCUUCCUUCAGGAUCUUUAAACUGAAGUGAGGACACAAACGCAAAGGUAGUUCUUUUGAGGAUCUUCCUGCAUUUGAGAACAUGUCUGACGCCGCUCUGGAAGAUUCAGGCAGCAUUCUGUGCGACAUGUGUACAGAGGACAGGAAACCAGCACGGAAGACCUGCAUGAAAUGUGAGAUCUCCAUGUGCGUCCAGCACCUGCAGGCCCACCUCACCACACCUGUGUUACUGCAGACUCAUCCUCUGACUGAGCCCAUGRCUAUAGAUGGAAACACUAAAUGUCCCCAGCAUGGGAAGCUCCUGGAGUACUACUGCCUGGAUGAUAAGACCUGYGUGUGYGUUUCCUGCGCCAUUGAAGACCAGCACCGCCUUCACAACAUGAAGACCUUCUCCACAGCCCACAAAGAGCUCCUGGAGAAGCUGAAAGCUGAGCAGAAGGACUUACAGCUGAAAACUGAGGAUGAUAACAUGAGUCUGGAGACGUGGGAGAAGAGUGAAAGAGAGAAGCUGGCACGCAGCAGCGUGCGUCUCAUCGAGGCUGUGACUAAUCUACGGGACAUUUCUCUGACCAGUGUCCAAAGUUCAGUCUCUGCUCGAAUGGUGUCCAUCAGAACCAGCAGGAGCAGCAUGCAGGCAGCCCAGAACGAGAAGGACGCCUUCAGAUUCCUGCAGAUGUACUCUCAGGUGAACCAGGAUGUGGAGAAAGCCAAGUCUGUGGAUCUGAGGAAAGGCUUGGAGCCGGGCCCCAAUCGGGACAAACUGGUUCUGGAGAUAAGACAGAACGGRGAGAAGAUGGUGAACCAAGCGUCCAACUUUUUAGAGUCAUCGUUGACCCUGGUUGAUCCUGAAAGCCACCAGGAUGUCAAUGAUUCUUCAGACUUGAUCUUUGAACCCCGGACUCCCAAUAGCAGUAUGUCUCUGUCCAAAAACAAAAGGAUGAUUUUUUACCACAGCUGGAUGGGUCAAUGUUCCGGCAUUUUUCUAAUCCAAAGCACCCAGUCAGUUCCCAAAUAUCAGAGAUGGAUCCUCAGUCUUCCUGAUGAAGGUAAUUGGAUGAUUGGUUUGUGUGAUAAACAGUCUGCAAACAAACUGAAUGAUCCUGUCUAUGGACUGAGCUGUUACGAUAACUGCCUGAAUUGUGUUGCAACAAAGUAUUAUGACGGUCCAGGUGCCUAUGACAAUUCAAUGGCUUCUGAUAAUCCAUUUAAACCUGUCAAAGCCCAAAUCAGGAAUCAACACGAGAUUCAAUCUGCAUUCCUCAGAUCUAAGGAAAGGAUUGGAGGGAAGGACAUACCCCGACCUGGAAGGGUGGAAGUCUUUUGGGAUAUUUUGGCCUCGAAGCUGUCUUUUUUCAGCAGAGCUGGACAGCAUCAGAGAGAGGAAAUAAUUACGAUUGAGAUGACUAUCUUCAACUUGCCGCUGGUCCCUUUUGUCCAACUGGAAAAAGAAAAUCCCCAUGACACUCCCCGGGAGCAAUGUCAAUGCUCUUGUGGGUACAGAAUCCCUGGAAAGAGUAAAAUGAAAGAGUACUACCAGUACUCUUAUGAGAGAAGUUGCCCACAAUGUGGCAGAAUAGUUAGCGUCCCAUUAAUUACGGAAAUUGUUUGCGAGCUUUGCUAGCUUCUUAAAAAAUAAUGAUCAUAGUUUUUAUUAGCAUUUAGUGAGCAUGAAUGUGGCUUGUGAUUGAUGAUUGUUGGUGAAUAUAUUAUGGAACAUAAUCAAAGAUAAAUUCAAUAAAGUUUUGAAGUGUUGUUAUACUUUUCACUGUAAUCAGAUUAUUAUCUUCAGCUUGAUAAACCAAUAUUUGGUUUUCUGUUGGCAUGGACCUUACCAAGCUCCGCCCAGAAAUGCCCCUCGAAAG